GUUUUGAUUUGGGACUUGUUGGUCUGCACCUGGGACUUGUGGGACUUGUUGGUCUUGACCUGGGACUUGUUGGUCUGGGACUUGUUGGUCUGGGCUUGGGACUUGUUGGUCUUGACCUGGGACUCGUUGGUCUGGACCUGGGACUCGUUGGUCUGGACCUGGGAUUUGUUGGUCUGGACCUGGGACUUGUUGGUCUGGACCUGGGAUGUGUUGGUCUGGACCUGGGACGUGUUGGUCUUGGCCUGGGACUUGUUGGUUUGGAUCUGGGACUUGUUGGUCUGGGACUUGUUGGUCCGGACCUGUUACUUGUUGAAGAUUGAUUGUGUCCCUCUUUCUUUAGAGUCCUCGUCGUCCUUCAGGGACCUCCUCCUGUCGUCUCCUGACAACGACCUGUUCCACGUCGUGGUCUACCUGGCUCCAGGAGACUAUCACUGUUUCCAUUCACCUACAGACUGGAGGGUGGAGCUUCGGCGUCACUUCCCAGGCUCGUUAAUGUCGGUUAACCCGGGCGUGGCUCGUUUGGUCAAAGAGCUCUUCUGCCUUAACGAGCGUGUGGCGCUCACCGGCCACUGGCAGCACGGCUUCUUCUCAUUAACAGCAGUCGGAGCCACAAACGUGGGCUCCAUCAGGGUUUACUUCGACCAGGAGCUUCAGACCAACGCUCCUCGCUACAAUAAAGGCUCCUUCGAUGACCACAGCUAUGUUGCCAUCGGCGACCAGGCCUUGAAGGCGUCGAGUGAAGGGGGCGUGGUCUCAGCCGAUGGAGGGGGCGUGGUCUUACAGAAGGGGGCCCCCGUGGGGGAGUUUAACCUUGGCUCCACCAUUGUUCUGCUGUUCGAAGCUCCUAAAGACUUCACCUUCAACCUGCAGCCAGGACAGCGAAUCAGAAUGGGAGAAGGGCUCGGUAGCCUCUGAUUGGCCAAGCUGCAGACUCAGGGGGAGGGGCCUGGUGACUAGGAACUGCUGGGGACUGAUGAAUGUCAGACAGAUAUUAAGACUUUAGGGCAUUGUGGGUAAUUUUCUCUGUAAAGAAGACGCUGUUAUGAACCUGAAGAUGUUUUUAUGACAAGGACUCAAACUCCCAGAAUGCCUUGUGCCAAUCUUUUCUCUCUAUUUUUUUUUUCUAUUCUGUCUCAAUGUCGCUCGUCCUGAAACUAAAUUGAAAUAUUCCUUUAAAUCAGCGAAAAGAAAACAUCAGAUCAAAUUUAACAGUAAUAUGAACCCAAAAAUAAUGAAGUCAAACCUUCAUAUUAUUUAACAAACUAACAUUAAUUCAAACAUUCAAAUUUACACAAAGUGUAAUAAAAAGUUCCUCCGUCCUCUGAAACUGUUUGAAGCUUUGUUGUUUUGAUUAUUUCUGUUCUGAACCAAUCACUGCUGUCACAGUGGUUAGCAUUAGCUAGCACACAAAUGUGAAGCAGCCGAUUGGUGGAAACCCAACAGGAUGUCUGUGAUUGGUCACAAGAAAACCGUGACGUUAAUAAUAAUAAUUUUGUGUUGUUGUGAAACUGCGACCAUGCUAAAGAACAGGUGACACGUCUCACCUGAACUCUUAUCAGCUUUUGUAAAAAAUGUGAUGAUGAAUAAACGUUUCAUUCUCA